AUGAGGAAUGAGGACUAUGGUAAGGAUUCGUUGCAAAUCCGAUGCGUUCCUGGUGACCGCACCGGCUCACGUAGUCGCGUCGCGGAGAUCGCCUUUCUAUUAUUGUUGUUAUUUACUGUUGUUAUUGUUAUUAUUAUUCUUUUAUUAUUAUCAUUUCUAUUAUUAUUAUUAUUAUUAUUAUUAUUAUUAUUAUUAUUGUUAUUAUUAUUAUUAUUAUUAUUAUUAUUAUUAUCUCCAUAUUGGGAAGUAGAAGAGGACGAGAAAAGAGAAGAAGAAGAAGAGGAAAGAGAAGAGGAAGUAGAAGAUGAAGAGGAAGAGGAGGGAGAAAAAAAUGAUGAAGAAAGGGAGAAAGAAGAAGAAGAAGAAGAAGAAGAAGAAGAUGAUGAUGAUGAUGAUGAUGAUGAUGAUGAUGAUGAGGAAGAAGAGGAAGAGGAAGAAGAGGACAAGAAAGAUGAAGAGAAAGAAGAAGAAGAAAAAGAGGAAGAGGAAGAGGAAGAAGAAGAGGAAGAAAAGAGGAGAAAGAAGGAGAGAAAGAGAAGAGGGAAAAAGGAGAAGAAAAAGACGACGAAGAAAAACGUCAUCGAUAUCCUUGCUUGA